AGGAAGGAAAGAGAAAGAAAGAAAGAAAGAAAAAAAAGAAAGAAAGAAAGACAGAAAAGGUUAUUUUUCAUUGGAAUACAAGUGUGAUGAUGCCACUGCAUUAAAGAAAGAAAGAAAGAAGGAAGGAAAAAAGUUAUUUCUCAGUAGAGCACAAGUGUGAUGAUGUCGCUACAUUUAAGGAAGGAAGGAAAGAGAAAAAAAGAAGGAAAGAAAAAGAAAGAAAGAAAGAAAGAAAGAAAGAAAGAAAGAAAGAAAGAAAGAAAGAACAGCAACAGUAUAAGAACUGUUGCUCUGAAAUCCUAUGAUUGAAAUUGCUGGUUUUGAAAUGUGUUGAUAAGUGAAAGAUACUUUCUAUCUGUGUACCUGAGACACUUGCACUAAGCACACUCAGGUGCACAGCAUGCAUGUGGCUCCACCUAUGUUAGUAAUAUAUUCCUUGUAAGAGCAGAGUCAUUUACAGUGGGAAAUUCCUUCACCUGGGGAGGGCUGGGCAAAAGAUGAAAAGAUCCUGAAGAGGAGAAAAUGACUGGGAACAAACUCAUUUGAAUGUCUGGAUAUCUGGCUUCUCCCUGAACACUCACCUGCUCAUCCCUCACACAUACACAACCUCACCUGCUGUGUCGUGAGCAAACAGCUGGCUCUGCUGCUUCUUUUACAUGAGUUUGGGAACUGUUGACUUCUGAGAAAAGAAGGCUCAGACAUGAUAUAAAAGACAUUAUGAUUUAUUUGAAAUUCAGGAAAAAAUUAUGGAAUUUUCUGUAAAUGCCCAUUUACAUUGAAGAGUAUUUUACACAGGAUGACUAGAGACUUUGACAUUUCUCAAUGACCAUGAGAACUUGGGCGCUAUUUCUUAUCAAGGUGUGGGUUUAACGCAAAGAAAGCAGAUCCGUAAAUACUGUACAUGGAACGCAUGUUUAAAGUCCACUGAUGUCUGCCAUUCUUCUGGUCUGUGUUUGGACUAUCUUGAACUGGACAUCUUUGGGCCUGACCAUUGGUGUGAAAUCAUGGACACCUUGCACAGACCUCCAACCACUGGACAUGUUGUCUGAAAUUAUCUCUCCAAAUAAAUCCUUGCCUGGGUUAAAGAUGGUUCAGUCUCAAGGAGUGCGUGGGUUUCAUCUCUCAGGAUCACCCCAUGAAUUGAGUUUUCCAUCAUCCCACCUAUUCCACAACUGUAAUCUCUUUCCAGAGGAGUUUUCUAUUGUUAUUACAGUGAAAAUCCCAAGUCUUCCACCUAAGAAAAAUGAAUACUUGUUCACCAUGAUCACUGAAGACAGCAGACAUGUUCUUCUUGGCCUGAGGUACUCUGAAAAUAAGCUACAUUUCCUGUUCAGGAAUACAGAACGCUCUGAUGAAUGGCAAACCAAAGUUACUUUUCGAAGCAUCUCAUUGGCUGAUGAUCGGUGGCACACAUUGGUCUUAGCUGUGUCUGGAACUUCUAUCACCCUUACCACUGAUUGCAAUAUACCAACAGAAAUUGUUCUCAACAAACCAUUUCCAGCAUCCUUAAGCACCACCAAAUCAUGGAUUUAUGUUGGAAACAGAAGACGGCGAAAAGGAUUUUUCUCUGGCUUGUUGAGACAGCUUGUCCUUCUGCCAGGAUCUGAUGCAACAUCUACAAUAUGCCCUAAUGCCAAACCGAGGAUAUCAGAGCUGUCCAUCCCUGGAGUGCUGAAAGAGCUGCCGCUUAGGACCGAUGAUAACAAUGAACUACAACUAAUGUACCCUUAUGAAGCUGAUAUGAAAGUAACAUUAGGCCCUCAGCCUCCCUGUUCUAGCAGUGAAAUGUCCCAGUUCUGGAUGGAUACAUCGCUGAAAGGUCUCUUCCUCUGUAAUGGUAUCAAGUGGAUCCCAGUGCUUGAAAGGAAAGAGAAGCUGGAUUAUGUGGAGGAAUAUCAGAACCUGGCCACUGCUUCAGAAACCAUGGGACUGGAAAUUUUCCUCAUCCAAGAUGUAGGGUAUUUCGCUGUAAUGGCUAACAGGAACAAUCAGCCUGGUUCAGCUCUCUAUAGGUGGAGUGAUGGAAGAUUUAUCAUUCAUCAGUAUUUUCUUACCUAUCAAGCCCAAGCCUGGAAGCACUUCACUAUAGAAAAACGGAUAUUCUUAGCCUUGGCUAACUUUGAGAAGAAUGACUAUGGGGAGGAGCUGUCAGUCAUUUAUAAAUGGAAUCCAAAGAAAAGGAAGUUCUUUCCAUAUCAGAGUAUACAAACGUACAGUGCCCGUGACUGGGAAGCCUUCCACAUAGAUGGAGAGACUUUUCUGGCUGUUGCCAAUCACAGAGAAGGUAAUAACCACAACAUCAACAGUGUUAUUUACAAGUGGAACUCAAGCAAUGGGUUAUUUGAGAUCAACCAAACCAUUUCUACCUCAGGUGCCUACGACUGGGAAUUCUUUAGUAUUGGACCAUAUUCUUUUCUGGUUGUAGCAAACACGUUUAAUGGAACGUCAACCAAUGUCCAGUCCCACAUCUACAUUUGGCUUGGAAGUGCGUUCCGGUCCUUUCAAUCUAUAAUGACAUUUGGAGCUUCUGACUGGGAGUUUUUCCGAAUACAAGAUCGCUUCUUCCUGGCUGUAGCCAACAGCCACAAUUACACUGUAGGAAUAAAGACUCAAAAACCGGAGGAAUAUGCCAUUAAUUCUGUUAUAUACGAGCUGAAUAUCACUGCACAGCAGUUUGUAAAGUUUCAGGAUGUUCUCACCUACAGCGCUGUUGAUUGGGAGUUCUUUACAGUUGGAGAAGAUUAUUUUCUGGUUGUGGCAAAUUCUUACGAUGGCAAUUCAUUUUCCGUAAACAGUGUUAUUUACAGGUGGCAAGGCUACGAAGGUUUUGUGGCCGUGCAUUACUUACCAACGUACGGCUGUCGGGACUGGGAAGCAUUUAAAACCAGCAAUGGCUCUUAUAUAAUGUAUUCCAGUGCUAAAGAACCUAUUUCAAGGGUGUUAAAACUGAAGACUCUCUGAAGCACGUGAUUCAUUAGGAAAACAAUCCAUUCAAAAGCACAAAGAUCAUUUUUACUUGACUAAGAUGAAGAGUUGUAGAGCUUUGAUCAAUGCAAUAAAUGAGGUCUAUAUGUACCAUAGAGACCUUACACUGUA